UAUAUAAUUCAUUUUCCUGAAGGCUGCUAUCACUGUGCUUCUCCUUCUCUCUCGACCAAGAUAACAUCAAUCAGAUUAACAAAACCUACUGAAACAGCUAAGCCAUGGCGAUCGAGAAGAUCAAGGUGUCCAACCCCAUCGUUGAGAUGGACGGAGAUGAGAUGACAAGGGUCAUUUGGCAAUUUAUCAAAGACAAGUUGAUUUUCCCAUUCGUGGAGUUGGAUAUCAAGUACUUUGACCUUGGAGUUACUCACCGUGAUGCCACCGAUGAUAAAGUUACCGUUGAGAGUGCAGAAGCUACUCUUAAGUACAAUGUGGCGAUCAAGUGUGCAACGAUCACUCCUGAUGAAGCUCGUGUUAAGGAGUUUGGCUUAAAGCAGAUGUGGAGGAGUCCAAACGGUACAAUCAGGAAUAUUUUGAAUGGCACGGUCUUUAGAGAACCAAUUCUCUGCAAAAAUGUUCCCCGACUCAUACCAGGGUGGACGAAGCCGAUAUGCAUUGGGAGGCAUGCUUUUGGAGAUCAGUACAAGGCCACUGAUGCUGUAUUUAAAGGACCUGGAAAGCUUAAAAUGGUGUUUGUGCCAGAAGGGUCAGGUGAAACGACUGAACUAGAGGUCUACAAUUUCACUGGUGAAGGCGGAGUUGCUUUGUCAAUGUACAACACUGAUGAGUCAAUUCGGUCUUUUGCUGAGGCUUCAAUGAACACCGCAUACCUGAAAAAGUGGCCAUUAUAUCUUAGCACCAAGAACACCAUCCUUAAGAAAUAUGACGGCAGAUUCAAGGACAUAUUUCAAGAAGUAUAUGAAUCAAAAUGGAGAUCAAAGUACGAGGAGGCUGGAAUAUGGUAUGAGCACCGUCUCAUCGAUGAUAUGGUUGCGUAUGCUCUGAAGAGUGAUGGAGGUUACGUGUGGGCCUGCAAGAACUAUGAUGGAGAUGUGCAGAGUGACUUCUUGGCACAGGGCUUUGGAUCCCUUGGGUUGAUGACCUCAGUCUUGAUGUGCCCUGAUGGCAAGACUAUUGAGGCUGAAGCAGCCCAUGGAACUGUUACACGUCACUACAGGGUUCAUCAAAAAGGAGGUGAAACCAGUACAAAUAGCAUUGCCUCAAUCUUUGCUUGGACUCGUGGUCUUGCACACAGGGCUAAGUUGGAUGACAACGCAAAGCUCUUGGAGUUCACUGAGAAACUAGAAGCAGCAUGUAUCGGUGUUGUUGAAUCUGGAAAGAUGACCAAGGAUCUUGCCCUUAUCAUCCAUGGAUCCAAGUUGGCGAGAAACCAUUAUCUCAACACUGAAGAGUUCAUUGAUGCAGUCGCUGAUGAGCUUAAAGCAAAACUUUCCUCCUAAGCAGUAAAGCACUGUUGUCUAGAUUGACAAAAAAUCAUCCAGGACGCAUCUAACCAGCAGCUACUUUUCAAUAAUUUGUCUUCCAUUUUAUGCAAGAGUUGUACUUUUCCUGCUGCACUGGUUUUUUUAUAUUGUUCAGAUGUAUUUCCAAACAGCCAUUCGGGCUCAUUACACACUUGAUCAAUUGGAAAAUCUCGAGAGAACUUGUUUAAA